UCUCCCGUUUCCACAUGUCAUUUUGCAAAAAGCCGGUAAAGUUGUUUGCCAGACUGCUAAAUAAUCAUGGUUUUAGAACUAAAAAAGGUGUUUAUAAGUGACGAAGUGGAUCCAAGAUGUGUGGAAGUCCUAAAGGAAAGUGGAAUAGAGGUUGUCAAAGACACAAAACUACGCACGGAUAAGGAAAAGUUCCUCGCUGAAAUUUCGAAAUAUGAUGGUUUAAUUGUACGGUCAGCAACGAAGGUGACAGCUGAUGUAAUCAAUGCGGCCACAAACUUGAAGAUAAUUGGUCGAGCUGGUACAGGGGUCGACAAUAUAGAUUGUGAGGCAGCGACAAAAAGAGGAAUCAUUGUUAUGAAUACACCAGGAGGUAACACACUGAGUGCUGCAGAACACACCUGUGCAUUGAUGUGCUGUCUGUCAAGAGAUAUACCAAAUGCUGUUGCAACAAUGAGAGCUGGAACCUGGGACAGGAAAAGCUUCAUGGGGUCAGAGUUGUAUGGGAAAACUCUCGCAAUUAUUGGUCUCGGAAGAAUAGGCAAGGAAGUGGCCCUUAGAAUGCAGUCCUUCGGAAUGACGACGAUAGGUUAUGACCCAAUUAUACCAGGGUCAGUCAGUUCACAGUUCAAUACAGAAUGGAUGGAGUUAGAGCAGAUCUGGCCCAAAGCUGACUAUAUCACAGUACACACACCACUCAUACCACAAACUAGAAAUUUGAUCAAUGAAGGUGUGUUUGCAAAGUGUAAGAAGGGAGUUAAGGUUGUGAACUGUGCUAGAGGUGGGAUUAUUGAUGAAGCUGCCUUAUUGAAGGCACUUGAUGCUGGACAGUGUGGCGGUGCUGGCUUAGAUGUCUAUGUAAAUGAACCCCCAGAUGAUUACACCUUAGCUAAACACCCAAAAGUUAUCGCAACACCUCAUCUCGGAGCAAGUACUGUAGAAGCUCAAAAACGUGUUGCUGUGGAAAUAGCGGAACAGUUUGUAGAUGUAAUGCACGGACGAAGUCUUUUUGGUGCAAUAAAUGCUCAGGCUAUGCAUAAUGCAUUAAGUGCUGAUACUCAACCGUGGGUAGAUCUAGGUAGAUGUCUUGGUACCAUAUUAGCGAGUUUAGGGGCCAACCCAAAGAAGGGCAUCAGUAUUUCAUCAGUUGGUGCAGGAUUGAAGGAUGCUGGAAGUUAUCUAGGUGCAUCUGUACUCUCAGGGUUGUUGUCUGUUGAAGGUGGUGCUGGAGAUGCAGCAUUAAAUCUAGUCAGUGCGCCAGCAGUGGCCAAACAGCAGGGCAUUCAGGUUGAAAGUAAAUAUGAAUCUACCAAGGGUAGUCAGCUUGUAAGUGUGAGUGCUGAUGGACGAACAGUCACAGGGACCACAUCAGGGGGCCAGCCCCUACUUAUCAGCAUUAAUGGAGCCCAGUUCUCCACUCCAGCUGUUCUUAGUGGAUCAGUUUUAUUGUUCCAAGCAAAGAGUGAUCCUAAACUGGUAUCAACUGUUGCAGGAGCCUUGUCAGAUAAUGGUGCUAGUGUGACUGGCUUUUCAGUUACAGUUGAUUCCAAAGGUUCGCAGUGGGGCAUUGUGUACCUGCCUUCCCCUCCACCAAAUGGACUCUUCAAUAUCAGUAAAACUGUCCAAUCAGCUGUUGAGUUGGAAUUUUAACCAAUCAGAUGAUGGCUUUAACAAUUUUAACCUGCUGAAAUUUAGAAGUAUUAAGAACUACAUAUAUUUUGUUCUGCUAGAAAAUGUUUUCUACAAAAAGGAUUUUUUACGAAAAAGAAAAUGCUUGUAAAAGAUUUUGAUAAAUGUUUCUUGAAACCAAAACAGUCCAUUUUGUUACAGAAAAUACACACAAAGUUUAUAUAAAACUGGAAGUGAUCUUACAAUCCACAAGUUAGUAUGGUCAGUGUUUGUUUUGAACUGAAGGACCUGCUUAAACUAGAUAAAAAUUCAGUUUAACCACAUUUAAUUCAUGCUCUCUUGUUUGCUUUAAUGCCUUCAAGAAAUGUAAUGGGUCAAAAUAAUGACAAAUAUGUUAUACUCCUUUUGUAUCUUGUAAGGAUAUGAUUUCAUUCAGGUUUAACGAUAAUUCUAUUAUCUUGGCCUUUGAAAACUUCUUUCUAUUCGAACUAUGAAGAAAACUUCAUAACAUGAAAUGCUCAAGCAAAAAAUUAAUACUGGUAUGCAACUUUUUUUACCCUGAAAAUAGCACCACAUUGCUAAGCCUGGCAUAUGUGAAGUUUUACAAUAAAUAUUCAGCCAGUUAUUGCUUAUACAUGUAUUUUAAGUUUUAUUGAAAACAUUGCAAGUGGUUUUGAAGCAGUGCAGCAGUAACUUAAUAACUUUAGAUUUUUAUAUAAGCAAUAAUUUAUAUAUGUUAAAAUAACUGGUUAUCAUACUCUCUAGCUAAAUUUACCAGUAUGUUAUGUAUUCAUGCAGUAUUAUAGAUGUGCUAUUAUACCUGUCUAGAAAAUGUUAACUUUCUUAUGCAUUUACUUGUCUGAUUAAGUUGACAAAGUGGGAACAGUUGACUUGUUUAAUUAAUAUUACAGCAAAACAGUUCUAUAAAUGGUUCAUUCAAAAAUAAUAUCAAGGUAAGUUGUGCCCAUUUAAGUCGACAUAAUCAUUUAGUAUGCAAAACAUUUUGUUCAACAUUUAUCAUACAUCAGUAUUGAUAAGUAUAAAAUAAAAUGAAGAAAAAACA